AUGAAGGUGGCAGCGGUUGGACGCUUAGGCGCCUCCAACUCUGGACACUACGGGGUGGUGAACACCGAAGAGCUGGACAAGGAAGCAAAAUUUGAUGCCGAUGUGAUCGUCCUGGCCUGCAAGGCCUGGGAAGUUGAGCGAUGCUUGCGAAUGUGUGCACCGUGGUGUGGAGAGAAGACCGUAGUUUUGCCUUUGCAGAAUGGUGUGGAUGGCAUGAACACAGCACGCUCAAUCGUGACAUCCUGGGGAAAGGGUCAUCCUUUGGUCGGCUGGUGCAACAUUGUGGCGGCCAUCCAGGAGCCAGGCCUCAUCAAGCAUUGGGCAGCCAACCCGCCGGCAGUCUACUUUGGUGAGUUUGAGGGCCAGGCAACAGCAAGAACGAAACAGCUGGAGACUAUUUUUGCAGCCUGCAAGGGUGUUGCAGUCCACUUGGAACCCGAUGCCUUGUGUGCCUGCUGGGAGAAAUUCUCCUUCAUUUGCUCCACCACUGCUGUUCAAGCCACUGCAGGGCCCACUGCAACACAGAAUCUGAUUCCGCAGGUCCCGGAGCUGGAGCAGAUGUGGCGUUCAGCCAUGCAGGAGAUCAUGGCAGUGGCUCGUGCACAUGGCAUCAACUACAAGGAAGAGUGGAUUGAGAAGCGAAUUCCAGUGUUGGCAGAAGCCGUCGGGGCAACCACCAGCUGCAGUCGAGAUCUUUGGGCUGGAAGGCAUAGCGAGCUGGAAGAUUUGCUGGGUUCGGCACAUCGCAUGGGCCUCGCAAAGGGUGUCCCAACACCAGUGAUCUCCACCUGCUAUAGAACGCUGACAGUGCGAGAUCGUGUGGCACGACGUGAAGUGACAAUGCCAAUUUAUCCAAUGAUGGAGGGUCAGAAGAUCCUGGGAACCAUCUGCAACCACCGUGGACAGCAGCUACCGGCAGAUCGCACACUGGUACAAAAAAAGGCCGAGGAGUUUCUGAGACCAGAGUGGUUUGUUUGCCCCAUGAGCUCUGCGAUAGCCAGCGGUGGGCAAAGUGAAAUACCUGAAGGUGUGCAUAUGAUGUGGGAAGCGGAGAUGGGUGUGGUGAUUUCACACCGAUGCGAAAAGUUAUCCGUCGAAGAGGCCAUGAACUAUGUGGGUGGCUACUGCGUCGUGCUGGAUUUGACCGGGGGCAAUCUAGGCUUCGAAACAAUGAAGUAUGGAAUGUCUUGGACGCGCAACAAAUGCCAGAGCUCUUUUAAGCCAGUUGGCCGCUUUAUUCCGGCUGGAGAGCUCCCCGACCCGGAGAAGGUGCGCAUAGGCUGCCGGGUGAACGGGAAGACGGUCGCUUCAGAUGAAAUCAGCCGGAUGAAGUUCAGUAUUGCAGAGCAGGUGGCUGACGCGAGUGAAUUGACUCCACUCCAGCGAGGUGAUAUCCUUUUGACCGGAGCAGGCUCUUUGGGACCUUUGGCAAUGGGCGACCUAGUUGAGGGCUAUAUUGAAGGCUUGGAUGCCAAGUACACUGUGAGCACGAAGCUGGUGCCCAAACCAAAGAAGAGAAAAGCAGAUGCAGCAAAGCUUUGA